GUUUGAUUGUGGUAGGCAACGAUCAUAUCACGUGGUUUUUGAACUCGCUUCAAAUUAUGUAACUUCCCAGUUUAAAGUUAGUGUCUGAUUCGACAUCGAAAUAGGUGCCUAUACCUUAGUCAUAAUUUCAAAUCUCACCCACGUAUUCGUACGUGAGUGAUUAACAAUCAAUAACAAUAGAGAUAUACGAGUAUACCUAAUAGAAAAACCAUCUAUCGCAUCGGAAGAUUUCGACCAAGACAAAAAACCAGUUAAAUAGCCGUGCAUGAAUAAGCUUCGAUAUCGGCCGGAGACUCGCAGUACCCUUCGAAAGCCGGUGUCAAUCAGAGGUCCCGCGCCAUGUAUCUAUUCGCAAACCUCGCAAUAUUAUUCACGAUUCUCCAGACACAAGAUGUUCAAGCAGCGAAUAUUUUGGCAAUUCUACCGCACGUCGGCAAAAGUCACUUCCUAGUCUUCGAACCACUAAUGAAGGAGUUAGCGACGAGAGGACACCAUGUGACUGUUGCUUCAUUCUUCCCCCAAUCGGAACCACUCGGAAACUACACAGAUAUCAGUCUCCAAGAAAUAGCUGAAGUGAGGAAAGAAAGGAUAAACUUGCAAGUGUUUGAUAAACCGAAUAGAAUAAUCAGCAGUUUGGGUUUGCAGAACUUUAUGACGCAGGUGUUUGCCUUCCAGCCACUAAGUGACCUUGCUUUGAAGGUUUGUUCUGGACUUGUGAACUUACCGCCUCUGGCAGAAGCAUUGCGGAAAAACUACGAUGUUGUAUUAGUGGAGAAUUUUAACAGCGACUGUGCUUUGGGACUUUUACAUGUGUAUGAUGUGAAAGCCCCUGUCAUUGGUCUGGUGUCUGGCCCUUUGUUGCAAUGGUCGUAUAGCCGUAUCGGGUUGCCUGAUAACCCGUCCUAUGUGCCGACAAUAACAUCGAGAACUAGUACGAUAACGACAUUCCUGGAUAGAUUGGAGAAUACUGCAUUGAAUUUGUAUUUCAAGCUGUGGUUCCGAUAUGCUAUACAAGUGAAGGAGAGAGCGAUAAUAGAGAGAAGGUUCUGGAUUAAGAUACCAGACUUGGAUGUCUUGGCUAGAAAUGUGAGCAUGAUGUUGGUGAAUACGUUCCACAGUUUUAAUGGUGUUCGUCCACUCUUGCCGGGGCUUGUUGAAGUUGGCGGGAUGCAUAUUGGACGUAGGCGGGAAGAGCACAAGCGUACAAGCCCAGUUAUUCCUCAGAGAUCUAAAUCUUGA